GUCUCUGGGGGAGAGAGCGAGCGCCGAGGAGGAGAGACAAGGAGUUGGACGCGGGCAGACCGUCGGGGGGCUCGGAUCCCUACCCACCGAAACCCGAAGGCAGAGGCAUGAGUCAAGGCCAAAAUCUGCAGGGGGGCAAGGCCUAUGGGGAGUUCCUCCUUCAGCAGAAACAGAGACUGGAUGGAUCAAUCAGGAGUUCCUAGACGACCCCCAAGUACAGCACUGAUGAGGAGCUGCCGCAGAAGCUGCGGGCCUUUCUCCAGUGAAAAUACAUGGAAUUCGACCCUAACGGAGACGGGGACAUUGACAUCAUGUCCCUGAAGAGGAUGCUGGAGAAGCUGGGGACGCCAAACCACUUGGAGCUGAAGAAGAUGAUCGGGGGGAGGUGGCAGGGGGCCAGAGAGAGGACCAUCUCUUACCAGGAUUUCGUCCGCAUGAUGUUGGGGAAGAAAUCGGCCAUCUUUAAAUGUGGGAGGACUCCCCUUCUUCUAAUCCUGAUGUACGAGGAGAAAGGCAGGGAGCAGGAGAAGCCCACAGGGCCGCCCGCUAAGAAGACCAUCUCAGAGUUGCCCUGAGGGAGGCUGGGCCCAGGCCCCCGGCCCCAGCCCUCUCUACCCCUGCCUCACCCUCUGAGGGAACGAGAAAUAAAAUCUGUUUACCCUUCUG